CCAGCGAUGGUGAAAUCAGGGGAACUCUCGUCAUUCUUGAUCUCGCAGCAUGCCUACGUUGCUGCUUCUGCUGCUGCUACGACAUAGCGGGUUAGAGAGAUUUGUUCAUCACGGUAGAGUUUGGAGAGAAGGAAUCGAGGAUCACGACGUCGUAAGGAUCCACAUUAGGUGAAGGUAUGUCUGCAACCGCCAAGAUGAGUCAUAAACUCAGAGUCCUCGUCGUGGGUUGUAGCAGUGGAGUCGGCUUUGAGGUCACGAAAACACUGUUGACAGCUGGAGAUAAAUUUGAAGUGUUUGGUCUUGUUCGGAAUAAGGAGAGAGCAGCUAAAGCUAUUGGUUAUGGCGCAUCGAGAGUGACCUUCGUCCAGGGAGAUGUGACGGACCCAGAUAAUCUGGUGGAAGUUUGCCAGGGAAUGGACGCAAUCCUAUGUUCAAUAGGUGCUAGAGCAGGCUGGCGUCCACCUUGUUGUAACAUCGACACUCCGAAACAUGUGGAUUACCAAGGAGUGAAGAACUUGGCUGAAGCAGCUGCUUUUGCUGGGGUCCAAAGAUUUGUGCUGAUCUCAUCCGUAGCCGUGACGAGGACUUGUGAUAAGAUUUCUUGCCUACUCAACACAUUAUUUGGGCGUGUACUCCGCUGGAAACUCAAAGGAGAGGAAGCAGUAAGGAGAGCUUACAGGCAUGAGGAUUUAGCGUACUACAUCAUAAGGCCUGGGGCACUGAACAACAACCUAGGUGGCGUUCUUGGCCUCAGGGUUGAACAAGGUGAUCAAGGUAAUGGGACAAUCAGUCGCAUUGAUGUUGCAUCUGUCGCAGUUACUUGUGUUGAGGGCCAUUGCACUCCAAAUGUCACCUUUGAAGUUUUCAACAGUAAAAACAAGUACUCACCUGCAGAAAAUCUCAGCAAGUUAUACAGCUUAGAAUCUGACGAGCCAGUGGUGGAAGAUUCAGAGAGUACUGGCAGGCUAUUACCCUGAUUUUUCCUGUUAGCUUCAAGCCUCCAAUUUGCUCUUAAUUCUUCACAUUACAGACGUACCUCAGCAGACUGUAGAGUGUGGAGACGCCAUUAGGGUUGAUUUGUAUAGGUCUGAUUGAUUCAGGCACGUUGUCGCUCUUUUCUUGUUAGCUGGAAUAUGUUAAACCCUUGUUCACAUGUAUUUUUUCAACAAGUAAGUAAUCGAUUUUAACCCCCAUUUGUGAAUAUUUGACGAGGUGAUAAUCUUUUUGGGAGGGAUCCAGUUGCUGGUUUGACAGGAUAUCCCUGCAAUUCACUUGCAGAGGAUGUUGCAUAAGAUGGACAUAAUGGAUGGUGGAAUCGAGGACGUUCAUCCAUUUGGAUCUUGGGCAACCUAUUCCUGCUCACAGUCCAAG